AACCUUUUCGCUGAUAACACUGUCUACAUCGUCAAUUUUACGGGAGUGUGACCUUGCAGGACAACUAUCAGAGAUUGUAUCGAAAUGGCGGCUAAUUUGGAAGGAAUUCCCAAGAUUUCCGCUUGAGGGAGAGUAAGCUUUCGCCAUGGGUUCUAAAAAAAGAAAAGAAACUCACAAAAAGGAAAAAGAAGAAUCGAAAAAAGCAACGAAGGACUUCAAAAACACCGAAGGAGAGAAAGGAGGAAGAAGUGGCAAAAAUAACGUCAAACCUGUGGAGGCUGCACCACGUGUGCGUGCAGACCCUGAUACUGACCAGAGAUCAGAGUUUACCAUAAUUACAGCCUGCGGGACUUUAAUAUGGGUUGUUUACCUAUACACCCUUCAUCCCUCCCUGCCUGGAGGAGACUCAGGAGAACUUAUUGUGGCUGCUCAUGAAUUAGGGGUGCCCCACCCUCCGGGCUACCCACUAUUUACCAUGAUCAGCAAGCUGGCCAUCAGCCUGCUCCCAGUGGGGAAUGUAGCCUAUAGAGCACAUAUAUUAAAUGCUAGUGUAGCAGCUGCCGCAGCUGUGUUACUACAGCUUACAGUGUUUAGGUUAACUCGUUCUCACCCGGCGGCCAUAUUGUCAGCAGGACUGUUUGCCCUCAGCCCAUUGACUUGGAGUUGGGCUACAACAGCAGAGGUUUUUAGUCUCAACAAUUUCUUCAUAGCACUCCUGAUGCUGCUGUCAGUUCAGUUUGAACAAAGUCCAGUGCAACUCAAACCAAAGGUUGCAGUUGUGGGUGCCUUUGUCUGUGGACUAUCACUAUGCAAUCAACAUACAAUUGCUGUGUACGUAAUGUUAAUAGUUUUCUGGGUUAUGUACAGCCUAGCAUCUUACAAGCUGCUGUCUUUGAUCCUGUGUGUCAAACUUGGUGUUGGUUUCCUCUUGGGUUUGCUGCCAUAUAUCUACCUACCGCUAUCAGCAUACUGGAACACAGCGCGGUAUACCUGGGGAGACCAGAGAACUUGGGGCGGCUUUGUUAGACAUCUUCUCAGGCAGGAAUAUGGGACAUUUGAUUUGGGUAAAGAUCAAGUUGGAAGUGAUAUGUACACAUUUUUAAGUUUCUAUUUAGAUCAUACAAUCACAUCUUUUCUAUAUAUUGGGCCAACUCUUGCUUUGGUUGGAAUUGUUGUUUCAUUUAAGAGGGCUUGGAAAAAUGAAGGAGGCUCUGUGUUAACGUUCUUCCUAAUGUCACUCUGUUACACUUUGUUCUUUGCUUGGAGAGCAAACCUCAAUCUCGCUAACCCGUUAUUUAAAGGAGUGGUGGAGAGGUUCUGGCUGCAGACUGAUGUGGUGCUUGCAGUACUGGCUGGAGUUGGUUUUAAUACUAUUACCUCAUACCUGUCAUCAAAGUUGCCCCCCAUGAACACAGUCAGUACCUCUGGGGCCUUCAUAAUAAGCAUAGCUGUGGCUCUGACUCAACUACAAGUAAAUUUCCACCAGUGCAACCAAAGUGGAAAUCAUGUGGUCCAUGACUUUGCACUCAAUGUCCUGUCGUCAUUCCCUCAGAAUUCUGUCAUUUUCCUUAAGGGUGACUUGCCAAGUAUCAGCAUUAG